GACAGUGAGAUUGCCAUUCCAGUCAAUGCAUUGUGCAGUGUGUGUGAGUUUGUGUGUGUAUGUACACCUUCAAUGUCCUCUCCACUUGUUCACAUAAACACGCAGGAAAAGAGCCUAGCAAUGCAAUGGCAUUGGGAGGCCAUACAACAGUGUGUUGUACUGCUUGCGAACUAUCCCCCAGCUUGUGGGUUGAUAGCAAAAACUAUGCACUGGAUCUUGAGCAGCAUUGCACUGCACAUAAAUGUAGCAUGCAUGCUCCCAUGUUGUAGCUCAUAGACGCUGGAAGAAGGCGAUGGCCAACGCCAGGCGUUACACUAUUCUUGCCCUCUUCAUAGACUGUUGAAGGGUGAAUUUUCAAAGCUUGUUUUCUUGAUCAACAAUGUAUAUAGCACUGAUGGCAAAAUGAGAUAGCUCCGUAUUGUCUGAAACGUGUAAACCUGGUGGUGUUUCGAGUCAUCUCCAGUCCUAAGCUGACCUGUAUCAUUGUAUUUUCUCUUGGAUAAUUAAUCCUCUGGACCUCUGUAAUAAGUAAAUGAUGAGGUUGGAUGUUUGCUUGGAUAUACGGUGUUAGGCUCUUGGAGAUGUACAUGUAGAAGGGAUAACAUUUGAUAGUGGUCUAUCUCGAAGUCAGGGAACGCAUUUGCAUUGCAUCCACUGUGUAGACGGUGCUGACAGAAGCUGUGCAUCAUGGGAAAUUGCUUGGGUACCCACUGCACCAGCCAGCCUCCGUCCGAGGACAAGGAUCCACCCUCCCACCCUGACAAACAACCCAGCAACCCUCCUCUUCAGGAGAUCGCCCCACCCCCGCAGUCCGAACCCAUCCAACCUGCCAGGCCAGAAGUGCCUAUGCCAGUUCCCCAACCGUCUCCAUCGCCCGGGAAACCGCCUCCGGACAAGUCGUCCUCGUCCCACCCAAACCUGUCGCUCUAUGAUGAUGAAGUCCGUAACAUGCUUCUGGGGAGGAUCUCUGUGGUCAAGUGCAAAGUCAAGCCAAAGAUGAUCCGUGUCUACGUCAGUGCAUCACAUGACGACUCGGAAGUGGAGAGAAGUGCGCUGAUGGAGAAGAUCUAUCCUGGCCUGCGGGAGUACUGUGCCAGUAAGGGGUAUGAGUUUGAUGUGGUUGAUCUACACUGGGGCAUCUGGGAUGCUAGGAUACGAGAUGAAAGAUUCUUAGACCAGUGCUUCAAUGAGAUCAGGAACUGCCAAAACCUUUCAACAGGACCUAACUUCAUUUCUUUCCUGAAUCAGAAGUAUGAGAGAUGCACAGCCCCUUUCCGGAUCCUUGCAUCGGCCUAUGACCGGUUGCUGAAGAAGGUUGAUGUAGAAGAUGAUAAAGCAAUCCUCUCCCAAUGCUAUCAUCUGGACUCCAAUGCCACGCCCCCGGUGUAUGUCUACCGGGAUGAGGAGGGGGGCAGGGAGAACCAGGAGAAGGUGCACAAGAUACUGAGCAGCUGUUGGGGCAAGGAGGAGAAGGAGAUGUACAUGGCAUCAUUGCUUGAGAUGGAGAUAGAGAAGGGUGUAUUCAGUCCCGAGAGCUCCAGCGAUAGCAUCAUGUGGACCCACAGGGUCUUCAAAGGCAUCGAUACCAGUGACUCAUCAGCCUCCAAUUACCUUGAUCUGGUGCAGACGGACGAUGGGAGAGAAAUCGAUAGUGAGUCCUCGGAGCAGCUUGCCCAGCUGACCAAGCGUCUCCAUACCAAGGUCAAUGAGGGUAACUACAUGCCCUUUGAGGUCAACUGGGGACCUAAGGGUCUGGAUCCAGAUGGUGUCUCCACCCAUUCUCAGUAUCUGGAGAACUUCUGCAACCAGGUUCACACCGUCGUCAAGGAACUCAUCGACAGGGCCAUUGCUGAGAGGCAGGAGGAGGUCAAAGCAACUAGAGUCCAUCGUCGCCUGCAUGCAGAACUCCAGCACCACACUACCCUCUGCCAGAAGCAUGUAGAAACAUUCCAAGGAUGUAGCGCCCUCACUGGCCAGAUCAGCAGCUACCUGAGCAGUGAGGACAAUGUCCCUCUGGUGCUGCAUGGCUGCACCGGUUGUGGCAAGUCUGCCCUCGCUGCCAUGACGGCCAAGAUGGCAGAGCAGGUACUACCCAACAGCGCUUGCGUUGUCAGGUUCAUUGGGUCAUCACCGGAAUCGUCAACCCCUAAUCAGGUCUUCAGGAGUGUAUGUGAGCAAAUUGCUUACCUGUAUGGAGAGCAUAUAUCCAUUGGAGCUAGGGGCCUGAAGAGACUGCAUAAAGACCUCGCCCAGCUGCUCAAGAAGGUCACAGUACAGCGCCCUCUUGUGGUAGUCAUUGACGGCUUGGAUCAGUUCAAUGACGACGAAGCUGAAGCUCUCAGUGCCAUCCCCAAGACCCUAGCUCCAUCGGUCAAGAUGGUCCUGACAACGAGGGGCAAGGACUUUGAAGGCUUCAGCAAACUUCAGAAUCACCUGAAAGACAGUGCUCAAUUCAUUGAGAUACCUCCACUAGCCAAUGAUGAAGCUGCCAAACUAAGUGAAUCACUUCUCAAGAGUCAUCGAAGAACACUGUCUGAUGAUCAAUACAGCAUGUUACAAGACGCCAUCGCUGCAUGUCCGCACCCACUCUACAUCAGGUUAGCAUGCCAAGCAGCUUGUGCAUGGCACAGCUACGACCCACCAGCGACUACAAAUCUUGGCAAGGAUGUGUUGUCGCAAUUCAGAAUGCAUCUUGAAACAAUUGAAAAGCGGUACGGCAAGAUGGCAGUCGCAAAAUCCCUUGGAUACUUGUCAAUAGCCAGGGACGGCAUCUCGGAUGCUGAGAUGAACGAUAUACUCUCAUGUGAUGAGGCUGUGCUGAAUGAACUGUACGCACAGAGGACACAAGUUUUGAGACGCGUGCCAAGUUUAUUAUGGGUAGCCCUCUGUCAAGAGCUUGGUCCGUGUUUACAGGAGUGCAACGUUAACGGACGGUACUUAAGAAGUUGGGGACACUCUUGUUUUAGGGAAGUGGUAACCAAGCAAUAUUUAUCUAACGAUAAAGAUCGCGUGCAGCUUCAUAUGACCAUCCAAGACUACUUCCAGGAUAGAUGGUCACUGGGAAAGAAGAAGCCCUAUGUUGGUGAAGGUGGAAUUGAAAUGGUCAUGGACAGGCUGGUUUUAACCCAACCUAAUGAGUUUGGCAAAGUGGACAAUCUACGGAAGUUUAGAGAAGUCAGUUACCAUGUUUUCCACACUGGAGACAAGAAAUUUGUGGACAAAUAUGUGUGGGAUAUUGACUGGCUGGUGAAAAAACUAACCUGUUGCGAUGUGUACGAUGUGCUUGAGGAUGUGCGGUUGGCUCAGACAAGAGAUGCAUCGAAUCACGAUCUACAACUGAUGGAAGAGUUUCUGCAGUUGUCCGCGUAUGCUUUAUCAUGCUCAGGAUCUCAGCUUUUCACUCAGCUCAUACAGAGACUGGACAAAUCUGUUGAAAAGAACAAGAGUAAGCAUCCCCACAUGAGUAAGCUGCUUCAGGUUGCCAACAACCCCCCUCAUAUUAGUUUCUUCCCCUCGACAUCUUGUCUCCUUAAGGUCAGUGAUGCCAAGGAUGAAGCCCUUGAUGAAGACAAUGAGAAGUCCAAGGAACCUUCGUUGACCCAGCUCUACAAGGUUAAGUCCCAGCCGUGGUAUAUGGUGUCUGUGUCACCUGCGAAUGGUGAGCUGAUUGUAUGGGACAUAGUCUCUCAAAAACCUGUCAGAACGUUGAAGGGCAUUGACAGCCCCCGCGAUAUUUGCUUCAUCGAAGCUCACCGCGUUGUUGUCCUGUGUAACCGGGAGCUGAAGAUAUACAACCUUGAUACUGGUACCUUCGAGACCAAGCUUUUGGGCAUCAUGAAUCAACAAAUGCCAUUUUUUGCGCUUCAUGACAAGGAUCAUGUCGUGGCCCUCUCACGGAACCGUAUGUACGUCAACAUCAUCAACGUGGGAACUGGAGCCAUUGUGGCCACCUUCAAGGCUGGUGAGGAUAGGUUCCUCAACAGUCUGUUGGUCAGUGCCAAUGGUCAGAGAUGCGUCUGUGGAGACGGAACCCAGAAGCCUAGCCCUCUCCUGGUUUGGGAUCUGAAUGCCAGGAAACUCAUCCAUGACUUCAGGAUUCAGCAGCAUGAGUUUGUCACCCGAAUGGCAGCGAUCUCCAAUGAUGGUCACUACGUGGUAUCUGUCAUCAAGGAGUUGGAGGAUCCAACACGCAACUUUGUCAUUGUCUAUGACCUUCAAAGCGGUCAGCUCUUCAAGAAAUGGAAGCCUCCGGUCAACACCACAUGUGUGGCCAUCUCAUCGGAGGGAAUGUGCGUGGUCAACGGGUGCGAGGACUCGUCCAUUCUGGUCUGGGACUUGGCUUCAGGAUCGAUGAAGUACUCCCUGGAGGGACACACCCAUCCAGUAGAUAGGCUUUACCUAUCAGACAAUGGAACAGUCUGCCUCACAUACGAUUCAACACAUCAGGAUCGUACCAUCAGGGCCUGGGAUCUCCAGAAAGGUAUGUGUCUCGCAGCCUUCACGCCUGACAAGCCAAUCAGCUGCUGCCAGAUAUCUGCAGAUGGUACGUGUGCCGUGAUUGGUCUGCAGGGACAGAGGGAGAUUGUGUCUCUAUGGAUACGCUCCAAAGGCUCCGCCCCAAUACCCAAGGAUGCAGGAACCUUUGGCGAUUCAGCACGAAAGGGGGAGGAAUUCGAUGUCAAUCCCUCCGAGAGUUAAUGAGACCUAAAACAUGUAGGUGGUAGAUAGUGGCCAACGUAUGCAGUCUCGGAUCUCGCGAGUUGGAAAUAUAUAAUGGCAAGAAUUUCAAUGAAAAAAAAAAAUGAUUCCCUAUUGGAAUUAUUUUCUAUUGCUGAAAUUCUAAAAUGAAAAUCUCACAAUUCAGCUUGAUGAUUGCAUUAUAGAAAUCAGUGUCAAAGUAUGAUAUUUCUAGAUAUAAUCAAUGGAUUUAUAUUAUAUUAUCUAGAAUUCAUUAUUGGAAAUUUGCAAUGCAAACCUGAUCUCUUCAAAAUUGUUAUUUGAAGUUUAUCAGUCUGGAAUAUGGUUACUGGAAUGGUAGAAUGUGUCACAUCAGUGCCCUGAAGAACAUAGGCAUUUUUGCCAAAUUCGGCUACUAUACCGAUGCCAUCCUACAUAGGUAUCUGGGGGUGUUUCACAAACAGUUGAGUAUGACUUAGGGUAGCACUUAAAGGUCCAGUUGCGUGUGGUAUAAAAGGCAUUCGCAUUGGUCAAAUCGUGAUAAUAGGAUGCACGCUACUGCGUACCAAUCAAUAAGACUACGUGUGACAUACAUGUAUCAUGUGCGCAUCGGUAUUUAAGAAUAACUCCAAGUAUAAAGUUUUUGUGAAACACCCCCCAGGAAUGAGUAGAAAAUGGCAUAGAAUAAAUGCAAUGGAACUUCAUGGUGAGGCGUUGCUUGAACUUUUCAUGCGGAACCUCUAAAUAGGGAAGAGAGAGACGCUGCCUCAUUUUACAAUGAGUUGCAAUCAAAUUGAUCUCAACUGUGGAAAGCAGAUUAUACCAUUGUUUUACCCAAUUAGCAUGCAUCUGGUUUCUUCAAGGGGACAAUGCAUGCAUAAUAAUAAAAGGCAUGCGGCUGAUUGUUUUCCAUAAUUGAGGAUGAUUUGAUCAACUACUACUGUUCAAAAGACAAGGCUAAGGAGCAAAAAUCCCCGCUCUGUGAACCCAAAUCCUGUUUCAUGAAGCUCUUUUUAACUGUAUGUGACAAGCAAUGAUUAUAAGCUACUGACAUUGUGCGAUUUGAUUGGAUAAGAGUAGAUUUGGGUACAUCCGGUAUCUGAUGAUCAGUUUAUGA